AUGACGAAUCCUCCCGUAGACCAACAGGACCUAUCGCACCAAGCGUCUCUUUACGCACAAUCAAUCGGUCCAGAUAUUGGGCAACACCCCCAAUUCGACAAUUCUGGUGGCCCAAUGCACGGACAUCAUCCUUUGGAUCCUCACCCACAGCAAACAAAUCCAAACUAUGAAAUCGACCGUUCAAUGUCCUAUUCACUUUACCCUAUGAACAACAUUCCCAAUCAAAGUAUUCAACAGCCCCAAGGAUUUGUUCCUAUUCAGGCAGCCGAUGAACCCUUGUAUGUGAAUGCUAAGCAGUACCAUCGCAUUCUCAAGCGUAGAAUAGCCCGGGCACGUCUCGAAGAACUCAAUAAGAUUGCCCGAGCCAGAAAACCAUACCUACACGAAAGUCGACACAGACAUGCUAUGCGCCGACCACGUGGUCCUGGAGGAAGAUUCUUGACUGCCUCUGAGAUUGCUGAACAAGAGAAAUCCACCAAGUCUCCUGAGAAAACAACCAAAUCUUUAGCAUAA